AUGCUUGCCUUCCUCCACUUGAGGAGGCGAUCCGAUCUCCUACGCCACCCUUUCUUCGCCGUAGCCGGUCGGCGCUUCUCGCAGUCUACGUCCAUCCCCAAGAAGCUGCAGCGCGUCCGCGACCACGGCUUCGACAACGUGAUGGAGGUCGAGAAGAAGGUGCGCCGCGCCCUCAGCCUCCAGUCCAUGCUUCUCUCCCAGCCCUCGGCCUCCCUCCCCUUCGCCCGCCUCGACGCCCUCGCCCGCCGCUACCUCAACUUCGUCCCUGACGAGGUCGGCAACUUCCUCAUCAAACACCACUACGUCUUCCACGUCUUCGACCACCCCGUGCAGCGCCUCCUCUGGGUCCGCCUCACGCCCCGAGCCGAGGCCCGGCUCCUCCAAGAGUCCGACGCGCUGCUAUCCAUGCUCCCCGACGCCGUCCGUCGCCUCCGCAAGCUCCUCCUCCUCGCCACUCCUUCCCUCCGCAUCCGCCUCGAACACAUCCGCAUCGCCCGCUACGACCUCGGCCUCCCCGACGAUUUCGAGCAGUCCGUCGUCCUCGCCCACCCUUCCUUCUUCCGCCUCGUCGUCUCGUCCGACUGCCCCGACGAUCCUCGCGCCAAGUACGUCGAGUUCGUCGACGCCCCCAACGAUGCCACCGACGACGACGCAGCCGAUCUCCGAGUCUGCGCCAUCGAACGCAAACGUGAGCGCGAGUACCGCGAGCGCGGCACCGACGCCGAAGAUUCCCGCUUCUCCUUCCUCAUCAAUUUCCCUCCGGGCUUCAAGAUCGGCAAGUACUACCGGAUCGCAGUGUGGAAAUGGCAGCGGCUACCUUACUGGUCGCCUUACGAGGACGUCUCCGGCUACGACCUCCGGUCACUGGAGGCAAAACGGCGGAUGGAGAAGCGCAUGGUGGCGACAAUACACGAGCUGCUAUCCUUGACGGUGGAGAAGAGACUGACGAUGGAGCGGAUCGCACAUUUCCGGCAGGCGAUAGGCCUUCCGAACAAGAUGAAGGAAUUCCUGCUGCAGCACCAGGGGAUAUUCUACAUUUCGACGAGGGGUAACCAGGGCAAGCUCCACACUGUCUUCCUGAGGGAGGCAUAUCGAAAGGGGGAGCUCCUGAAACCAAACGAACUGUAUCUAGCAAGGAGAGAGCUCGGUGAAAUGCUGCUACCGAGUUCUAAAAAUGCAAACUUGGACAGGAUGAUGACUACUAUCGGCAGGGGAAGAGAUGGUCUUCGUAAUAGAGUUGCUGCUGGUGAUCUGAGAAGUGAAGCGGAGGACAGUGGCUGUGAUUCUAGUGUCGAAUCUCAGUUUCUUGACUGACAAAUUCCCCUCCGGGCUGUUCAUGUAAGUUUGCUGGAACUCCAUCCAUGACAUUAAUUUUGUUGUUAAUUAAGGUCAAUUGAUUC